AUGAUAUAUAUUUGGCAUGCAUUAGUCUAUAUUUCAUGUCUAUUAAGCUGUGUUGUCUCAGGAAAAAAUAACCUGGAUACGCUGGCAAGUUUAGUGAAUAUAACGGACCUAUAUACACCACGAUCAAAUAGAACUUUGGAUUAUUCUCCUAUAAUACAGUAUAUUCCGGUUUUUUUCCAGAAAAAUAAUAGUUUCAUUGAUACCCCUAGCAAUGAUGAUUUCCUAGUGUUACAGUCUCCAGCGACUACCCUGACCGACAACAACAAAAAUCUGCAAAAGAAUGAUUCCGUGCUAGAUGAAUGCCAUUUUAUGUCCUUUGAAGAAUGGAAAAAGCAAAAGAUAGAGUCCAACACUACUGCCUCGAACAAUUACUCCAUGAAUGGAUCAUCAGAAUCGAAAUCUAUUACACCUUCAAACCACACAUCGGUUUUAUCAACCAACGUCACUUUAAUGGAGGCUGACGGGAAGGUUUACAAGGACAAGUUUAAUUUUGCAUCGGUUGAUUGUGCAGCAACCAUUAUGAAAACAAAUGCACAGGCCAAGGGUGCAUCCGCUAUUUUAAAGGAAAAUAAGGAUUCAUAUUUGUUAAAUGAAUGUUCAGUCAAACACAAGUACGUGAUUAUUGAGCUAUGUCAAGACAUACUUGUUGAUCUGGUAGUGAUUGGCAAUUUUGAAUUUUUCUCGUCCAUUUUCAAAGAUAUCAGGAUCAGUGUAAGUGAUCGAUUCCCAUCACAGAAUUGGAAAGAACUAGGACAGUUUAUUGCAUCUAAUAUUCGUGAUGUGCAAACGUUCAAGAUUGAGAAUCCUUUGAUUUGGGCAAGAUACUUGAAAUUGGAAAUUUUGAGUCACUACGGAAACGAAUUUUACUGUCCCAUAUCAAUAGUGAGAGUACAUGGGAAGACAAUGAUGGAUGAGUUCAAAGAAGAAGAAGAAGAAAAUCAACGUAUGGACACUGUAAACGAGGGCUCACCAGCACCACAAUCUAUUGAGGAAGAUGUUUUAUUAAUCAAUCUGACUACAUUAAACGAGUGCAGAGUUCGUUUGCCUCAUUUACAACUAAAUGAAUUUUUAAAGUCUUUCAAUAAUUCAAAUCAAGAGUUUUGUGUACCGAGCGAUGCCGAGUCUCAAAUCACCACCACAAAAGCAGCAACGGCUAUCACUACACAAGAAUCUAUUUACAAAAAUAUAAUGAAAAGAUUAUCUUUGCUUGAGUCGAAUGCUACGCUAUCUUUGCUUUACAUCGAAGAACAACUGAAGUUGUUAUCAACUGCAUUUUCCAAUUUGGAGAAAAGACAAACCACAAAUUUCAACACGUUAAUCAGCUCUGUUAAUAGCACAUUGAUGUAUCAAUUAGCGGUGUUUAAAGAGUCUUACUAUGAAUUACACGAACAAUAUGGAAACCUAUUCAAGAUUCAGGAGAAUAGUCACAAGCAAAUGUUAUCAGAAACAAAUAAAAAAGUUGGAUUACUAUCAAGUGAAUUGACAUUCCAAAAAAGAGUAUCCAUUUUCAAUAGUAUAAUUAUAAUUUGCUUGCUAGUUUAUGUAAUUCUCACCCGCGACGUUGCCAUAGAGUACCCAGAGGACGAGUUGAACGAAAAGUCACCGCUGCCUGAAACCAAGAAAUUAUCGUCACCGUUUAUACCCAGAAGAUACAAAAUGUCAAAAAAAUGA